AUGCUCGUGCAGCUCCUAUGGGCAACAGUCGAGGUGGAGGACCAGCCUGGUGGCCUCUCGAAUGUGACCCAGAUCACCGCGGCGAACAUCAACAGCACAAUGUUCUCGAGCGAAGUGGUGUUCCUCAACUUCUACGCGGAUUGGUGCCACUUCAGCAGGCGCUUGGUGCCCAUAUUCGAGCACGCUGCCACACAGCUUAAGCUGGAGUUUCCAGAGCCUGGCAAAGUGCAGCUGGGACGGGUGGAUUGUGUUAAGGAGCCGGCGCUGGCUGAUCUCUAUGAUAUACAGAAGUUCCCGACACUGCGUCUGUUCUACAGGGGCCAGCCGGUACGCCGGGAGUAUCGGGGAUUGAGGACCACCGAGGCCCUUGUGAAAUUUGUAAAGUCUCAGCUUCGCUCACAGAUUUUCGAGUUCAAAGAUCCGGAUGAUCUAGUCAGGAUAGAUCCCAAAAGGCGGGCCGUCAUCGCCUACAUUUCGGACACUGACAGUCUAGACUAUGGAAUCUACCAAAUGAUGGCGGAUCGCUUUAAAAACGACUGUGACUUCUAUUUGCGCAUCGGGGACUAUUUGGAGCACGAAAAAUUCCCCCGAAAACUUCCUGCUCUGGUGUUCCGUCCGGACAUCGCCCGAACUCACGGACAGGAUGAACUCUAUGGAGGCAGUCUCUCAGACCCCUGGCAAGUAGAGCCCUGGAUAUUGGACAAGUGCGUGCCUCUAGUGCGGGAGGUGAACUUCGCGAACGUGGAGGAGUUGAUCGAGGAGAGGCUGCCGCUUCUGCUGCUCUUCCAUUUGCCCGAGGACGUGCCGUCCAUUAAGGACUUCAAGUCGAUUGUGGAAAUGCAGCUCGCCGAUCUACGGAGCCAGUUCAACUUUGUCACUGUCGAUGGCUGGAAGUUCGAGCACUCCGUGAAGCACAUGGGCCUGUCUGCCAAGGACCUGCCCAUUAUAGCCAUCGACUCCCUCAAAUUUAUGUAUCCAUUCCCCAAAUUUUCAGACAUGUACAUACCGGGCAAACUCAAGCAGUUCAUGCAGGAUUUCAGCAGUAACCAAACCGCUCUGAACGUUAAGGUAAUUGAACAGGAUACCAAAGAUGCCAAGGAUGCCAAGGAUGCUCCUUCAUUGCCUGUGUCCACCUUCAAGGAGCUGGGUCCCUCCAAGCAUCGUUACUCGUUGCUCCACGACGAGCUAUAA